GCUCAAGUCCCAACUCUUAAAAUCUGCCGGCAAGAAUUCAACAUCAGUCGCCAAGCAAGUAUUUUCUGCCAAGUCGAAGAAGCAAACUGCUCAAUUGAUGCAAGGUUUGAACUCACAAAGAAACUUGAGCAGUUCUUUUGUUACAAAGUCAACCCCAUCCGACAGUUUUGCUUGGGUUGGUUCUAAUUCUCAAUAUCUGGAAGAACUCGAACUUCAAUGGAGAGCAAAUCCAUCAAGCGUACCAGUUGAAUGGCAAACAUAUUUUGCUUCCCUUCCAGAAGUAGGAUCAUCAAGUGCUACUUUCCAAAGUGAAUCAUCUGGUUCCUCUAGCUUAAGUAGUCAAGCAGGUGCUCAAGGAGAAAUUAUUUCUCUCAUUAGAGCCUUCCAAGUUUUUGGUCAUCACGUAAGCAAAUUAGACCCUUUGGGAAAGUAUUCCGCUGAUCUUGACUUCCAAGAUAUUCCUCAAUUGCAUAUUGAAAAUUACCCACACCUCUGCAAGAUGGACCCAAAUACCCCAAUUACUCUCUCCCAAGAUUUGAUCAAGGGUUUCCUCUCUUCAUCAAAUCCUCCACAAAAUACACAAUGGACAUUAAAAACUUUGUUGGAUAGACUCCAAGAAACAUAUUGCGGAACUAUCGGAUAUGAAUACAUGCAUAUUAACAAUAGAGAUGUUUGCAAUUGGUUAAGAGAAAGAAUUGAAACAGCAACCAAUGUAGAUUUAACAGAAAACGAAAAGAAAGUACUUUACGAAAGAUUGACUUACAGUCAUAUGUUUGAAGAUUAUUUGGCAAACAAAUUCCCAACAACAAAGAGAUUUGGUUUGGAAGGUUGUGAAUCAUUGAUUCCAGGUCUUAAGAGUAUGAUUGAUACAUCAUCAUCAUUGGGUGUUGACAGUUUUGUUGUUGGUAUGCCUCACAGAGGUCGUUUGAAUGUUUUGGCCAACGUUAUGAGAAAGCCAUUGGCUCAAAUUUUCAGAGAAUUCUUAGGAAAGACUGAAAACAAGUUGGGUUCCGGAGAUGUUAAAUAUCACUUGGGUACCUCAACAAAGCGUCACCUUCCUUUCACAAAUAAGGAAGUUGAACUUUCACUUGUUCCUAAUCCAUCCCAUCUUGAAGCUGUUAACCCAGUUGUUGAAGGAAAAGUUAAAGCUAAGCAAGUUCUUAUGGGUGACAAUAAUAGAGAAAAAGUUUUACCAGUCUUACUUCACGGUGAUGCUGCUUUUGCUGGACAAGGUGUUAUUUAUGAAACUAUGGGAUUGAGUCAAUUGGAUGAAUAUGGAACUGGUGGUACUAUUCACGUUGUUGUCAACAACCAAAUCGGUUUCACUACCAAUCCAAGAAGUUCUAGAUCUACUUCUUACUGUACAGAUAUCGCUAAAUUCCUUAAUGCUCCAGUUUUCCACGUCAAUGCUGAUGAUCCAAAUGCUGUUGUCAAGGUCUGUAAAUUGGCUGCUGAAUAUAGACAACAAUAUCACGGAGAUGUUGUCAUUGAUAUUGUCUGUUAUCGUAAGAGAGGUCACAAUGAAUUGGAUGAACCAAUGUUCACUCAACCUCUCAUGUAUCAAGCUAUUGCUAAACAAGAACCAGUUAUUAGCAAGUAUCGUAAACAACUUUUGAAGGAAGGCAUUGUCAAUGAAGAACACCUCAAGCAAGUUGACGAACAAGUUAAGAAUGUUUUCGAUGUUGAAUUUGCUAGAGCUAAGACCGAUGAAAAGUUGGAUGUUACUGGUGAAGUUUGGUAUUUGCAAGGAAGUAAGUGGGAUAGAAUGAAGACUCCACACGAUUACUCUCCAAUCAGAUCUACUGGUAUUCCAAUGGAAGUUUUGAAGACUCUUGGUAAACAAGUUUCUACUCUUCCAGAAAAUGAUAACUUUAAGCCACACAAGGGUAUUGCUCGUGUCUAUAAUCAAAGAUCUCAAAUGAUUGAAUCUGGUGAAGGUUUGGAUUGGGGUAUGGGUGAAACUCUUGCUUAUGCUACACUUUUGAAUGAAGGUUAUCAUGUCAGAAUCAGUGGUCAAGAUGUUGAAAGAGGUACUUUCUCACACAGACAUGCUGUUGUCACUGAUCAAGAAUCUGAAAAGAGAUACAUUCCACUCAAGACUAUCUCAAAUACUGCUCAAUUUACUGUUGCUAACUCUAGUUUGAGUGAAUUUGGUGUUCUUGGUUUCGAAUACGGUUAUUCUAUGGAAUCACCAAAUCAACUCGUUAUUUGGGAAGGUCAAUUCGGUGACUUUGCUAACGGUGCUUCAAUUAUCGUUGAUCAAUUCAUUUCUUGUGCUGAACAAAAGUGGAUGAGAUCAUCUGGUCUCACUCUUCUCCUUCCUCAUGGUUAUGAAGGUCAAGGUCCAGAACACAGUAACGCCAGAAUGGAACGUUAUUUGCAACUCUGUGACGAAGAUGAUGAAACUCUCCCAGAAAAGGAUUCAAGCAAGACUCUCCAAAUUCAAAAAGCUAACAUGCAAGUUGUCAAUUGUACCACCCCAGCCAAUUUCUUCCACGUUUUGAGAAGACAAUUGCACCGUGAUUUCAGAAAGCCAUUGGUUGUUUUCACACCUAAGAGUUUGCUCAGAUUGAAGGAAGCUGCUUCAUCCUUGUCUGAAUUUGCUGCUGGUACUUCAUUCAAGCAAGUUAUUGAUGAUGAAACUGGUGCCAUCACUGAUCCAAAGAAGGUCAAGAGAGUUGUUUUCUGUUCUGGUAAGGUUUAUUAUGAUCUCCUCAGUGCUAGAACUACACAAAAUGUUGCUCUUGUUCGUGUUGAACAAUUGGCUCCUUUCCCAUUCCAUAGAGUUAUUGAAAUCGCUGAAAAGUAUCCAAAUGCUGAAUAUGUUUGGUGUCAAGAAGAACCAAAGAACUAUGGUGGUUGGUCACACGUUUAUCCAAGAUUCAAGACCUGUCUUAAGAACACAACUGAAAAGAUUAAGCAUCACGAUAUAAGGUUCGUUGGCAGAAAAAUUUCAGCAUCGCCUGCCACAGGGUAUGCUUCAAAACAUAAUGAAGAGCAAAGAGAAAUUGUUACUCAAGCUUUGAACUGAUUGAUUUGUUGAGAAAAUGAUUAAAUAACAAUUUUAACAA